AUGCCCAGGCAUAAAAGAGGAGCACCUAAGAAAGAAAAAGCAGAAGUGGAAGAGAAAAAGGAAGAGGUCAAAAAGGAGGCUUUACAGGAAAAAGCAGGUGAAACGCCCAAGGAUGCAGAGGAUAACUAUAAUGAUCCAGAUUACAAUCCGAAAGAGGCAAAUGUCGAAGAAGAUACAGACAUAGACAGUGACACCGAAAUCGUUUAUGUGCUAAUAAAUCAAUUAAGGGGAAGAGGCCGUCCAAGGUUAAAAAGAAAGUCAGAUGAAGAGCCAAAAGUGCAUAAGAAGAAGAUCAAAAAGAUCUUUGUUGAUGAUAAGGGAAACCACCUCACAGUUCGGAAUGAUGAGGUCGUGACACCGGAUGAUCCAAAGGGGGACAAGAAGGUGACCGAAUUGGGUGAGCUUCUUGGAGGAAGAAGUUAUAAAGUUCCUACCUUCAAAGCACCUGGAAGAGGGGAUCGUUUAUACAUGGUUUCGACAGAUGUUGCAAGAUGUGUUGGAUACAGAGACUCGUACUAUCUCUUUCAAAAGCAUUUUGACUUGUUCCGGGCCACCGUUUCUGCUGCGGAUAGGGUGGAAAUGGUAAAUGAUGGAAUUAUACCUUCCACAUUUAAGGCCAGAGCCCUUUAUAUGGUUACUGCAAGAUCCAUCUUUAAGGUGUUUGGUUCGAUGGUCAUUGAAAACGGAAAGCAGGUCACAGACGACUACUAUGAGGAUAAGGCAAGGGCUAAUGGUGCAGUUGAGGGUGCACCUGCUGUAACAUUAGAUGCUGCAGCCUCAAACUCAUCUCACAGAAGUCAUCAUAAAAAAAGAUCUUCUUCUCCUGCCCAGGCUGCCAACUCCGCAAAUCAGUACUCAGUUGCCUGGAUAUACGAUAACGCGGUUAAGAGUAGGCAGUUGGACUCUAUGAUUCUUUACGAUCGUCAAGAAGUUAUCAAUACAGUUGCUAAUGGAAAAUACGAGCGAGAUCCGUACACUGGCAUAGUUUAUGUGCCGGAAACGACACAGCCAACGCAUCACACUUUUGAGAAGGUCGACAAUGGAAGCGGCAAGUCCGACAAGCUUGUUUUCAGUACGAGAAUCAAGACCUCACCCUUUAUCAGUACAGGUCUUGCAGAUGUUCCAUCUGAAAUAUAUGAAGAUGUCGUAGACGAUGAGGUGAAAAAGGCAAUUGAAGAGCAAAAGAAAUAUGAGCAGACGUUUUGA